AUGGCACUUUCACCCAAAUCACUGGCUGGUUCGGGCUAUGUCAUUCUCAAUGUCCUCAAGGGCAUGAAUAUCACUGGACUGCUGGCCAUCAUUGCUGCAAGCGUCCUCAUGCUCAUCAAGACUACCGCAGACUCAAGCUUCUUCAUCUUCGAGGCCGCCAUGAAUGCUGUGGUAGCAUCUAUUGCCAUAGUUCUGAUUAUCUCGGAGGUUGGACUGUUCAGUGGCUACUUCGCUCGCAAUUGGCCCUCGCUCAGUAUCGAACACGGAUUCGUCAGCCUUGCUUCAGCAAUGAUCGUCCUCGGUGUGCACGUUUUGUCGUGUCUCAAUCGGUCUAGCAACAGCAAAGAACACCUCGGCAUGGCAUUCUGGCGUGUCGUGAUAAUGGCGGGCAUUCUCAACCUCAUCCUUGGAGUUUUAAAUCUGGUCGCAAACUUCGUGUUCCGCGACAGCAGCCAGGCAAUUACCGCACGCAUGGUUCGCGCCAGAGGAGCU